UUUCCCAUCACAUAAAAGCCAAAAAUACAUUAUAGUAAUACAUCAACCACUUUACAUGUACAAAAUUUAAUUGAAAUUUGAAAGGCUAGCUUAUUGUUUUUUUCAUCUUGAUAGAUGUCUAAGCCAAAUGCAAGAAGAUAUGCAAUAGAGAAACACAAUAAAGAGGAGGAGUCUAUAAUUAGCAAUAAUUAUGGGAAUAACUUGUUUUAUUUAUCCAAACAUUUGAAAAGAGUUUACCCAAUAGAGCUUCACAAAACUUUUAUAAAUGAUUUUUCUUCUCCAUUGGAUCAUAAAAAAAGAGAAAUUUUAGACAAAAAUAUUGUUGUUCCACAAGUUAUUCCAUGUCCUAAUGAGAAAGAGCUUAUGAGGUGUAGCUGGAUAACUAAUACCACAGAUAAGGUUUAUGUGCAAUUCCAUGAUGAAUGCUGGGGUGUUCCAGUUUAUGAUGACCAUCAAUUGUUUGAGCUACUUUCUUUGGCUGGCUUGUUGAUGGAUUUCAACUGGACUGAAAUUUUAAAGAUAAGGGAACAAAUAAGAGAAGCCUUUGUUGGAUUCAAUGCAAAGCAAGUGGCUGAAAUGGGAGAGAAAGAUAUUAAUGAAUUGGUGUCCAAUGUGUCCCUCAUGUUGGCUGAAAAUAGAGCUAGAUCAAUAGUUAACAACGCCAAAUGCAUAGUCAAGAUUGGAGAGGAAUUUGGAUCUUUGAGUUGCUACAUGUGGAACCAUAUGAAUUAUAAAGCAAUAAUUAACAGAUUUAAAAAUGCAAGGAAUGUACCAUUAAGAAGUCCAAAAGCAGAAGCAAUUAGCAAAGAUUUAGUGAAGAGGGGAUUAAGACAUGUUGGUCCAGUUGUUAUCAAUUCAUUCAUGCAAGCUGCUGGAAUGACUAAUGAUCAUUUGAUUUAUUGUUUUAGGCAUAAACAAUGUGUUAAUCUUGCUGAAAGACCUUGGAGGCAUGUUUAAAUUGUAAUAAUUCCCACUUGUAAGUGGAUUUUUAAUAUAUCAACUUUUUUUAAGACAAAUUUACCUGGUGUAAUAUAGCAAAUAAUUACUAUUCGUAGCUACAAUUUAAAAUAAAUCCCUUUAACCUAAAAAGAUAGGGGCAUUGUGCCUUCCUAUGCUACAACUCAACCCAAGGCAUUCAUUUAUCUCCUAUUCGGAGUGGGGACGUAUCGAUUCAUGAAUUCAUCUUCUCCUCUUUAGAUUAUAUAUAUCUUUUUUUUUUAAAAAAAAAAAAAACUGUACUUAAAUAUAGAUGCAUGAAAUGGUUUUCUGGUUGAUGGUACAAGUAUAUGUUAUAAAAUAUAAUUAUGUUAUUAAAUUGAAAUACACAAAUCAUUGACUUGAACAUCUACUUUUAUCACUCCCUCUAGCUUAAGUUGCAAGGGAUAAUUAUUAAAUAAAACAAAUGCCCACCCCCACAUAGUGUCUAUAUAUGUAGAAAGGUUGUGUUUAUGAAAAAUUAUCCAGUUUGAUGCAGACAUGCACCAAAUCUUAUCUUAUCUCUUUUUAUCUUUUUAUCAUCAAAGUCUGUCUUUUCAACUUAGAUUAGCUGUAACCACCAAAUCGACAACACUUAAACAAACUAUACUUUACUGUCCUACUUAUCAUGAGUUAGACGGAUUUGUUGGUAUCUUUUACCAUAUUAUCAUCUUUAUAGGGUUUGAUGAUGAUUGAUAAGCAAUCAAACGAACAAUAAUAAUGAUAUACUCAGUGAAAUAUAUGGAGCUAGAAGAAAAACAGUAACAGUAACAAGUAUAUGAUAACCUAAAGUAAAAGGUAAUAUUGACUACAAUAAUAUUUCACUAAAACAAUCAAGUUUGUUUUUGAAACAGACUUUCCUAUAAUAUCAAAGAAGGGUAUAUUUCACUUUUGUUGAUUUGAGUUACAUCUCAAUAUCAAAUUAAUUAGUAAGUACUACCUUAUUAUGUGGAUUCCACUUGAUUUUUCUUCAAUGAUGUUUAGUUUUGAACUUUAUCAAUCAUUAAAGUGGCAACAGGUUUUCUUAUAGGGACCCAACCUGCACUUUUUUGUUGCCUUUAGAAUAAUGGUGUUGCUAUUACUUUUUCCACCUGAAAGAGAAUACAAAUAUACAACCUGGACUAACAUGACAAAUAUGCCAAAAGACACAACACAAAACCACUAAAAAGGUAAUCAAAAUGUAUCAUAAGAAUAUGUACAUAACUUUUCGUUUCUCAAAUUACAUUCUACAAAUUAUUUAUCUAACAAAGAGUUGAAAAGAUUGAAGAUGUCAACAAGAAAACA